UAAAUUUACCAUUCCCAAAGGCCCUUUUGCGGAAAAUGCGGUGACCAAGAAAGAAACAGUACGGAUUUUUAAUAGUUUUUCGUUGAAUAUCGUGGAAAAUAUGGAGAAAAGUCGGAGAAUGCGAUUGUUUUGGUUUGUUGUGAUGUUUUUCAAUUUUAUCUUUGGAGUAACUGGUGUAAUAAUCUGUAGCCUUAAGUUAAAACAUUCCGAUGACGAAGAGGUUCAAGCCGGAUUCUUCAAGUUGUCCAUGUUGUUCGCAGCAUCUAAUCUUAUUCUUAGUGUUUUACUACUAGUAGCGGUUCUGAAAAAAGACCAAAAGUAUGCAUUCCUGUAUGCCUUAUUAAUAUUCAUAAGUCUAUUUGCAGCUACAAUGCAUAUAGAAAGUCAUACUAGCCAUGACUUUACCUAUCUCAUCAUAUUUGCCGUUUUUGCUUUUGUCUGCUUCAUGUGGUUUACUACAUAUGCUGCAUAUCAACUGUGGAUAAAGGAAACCACAUAUGAUACAGCUACAGCUACAUCUUCCCAAUGUCAAACACCUGUGGAGGAGGUUUAAAAGACAAGCAACUAAAAAAAAUCUUCUUUUAUUCACCAAAAAUUAUACUUGGUGUUAUCAUAUUCAGUUUGUUUUAAAUUCAUAAUAAGGUAUAGGUAAGGUGUAUUUUAAUGGUCCAUUAUAUAGGGUGUAACAAAAAGGUAGCUCAUAAAUUUAAUCACAUAUCUGGAACCAAAAAUAGUUCGGUUAAAUGUAACUUAAUUUUACCUUAGUACAAAUGUGCACAUAAAAAAUUACAGUCCUUUGGAGUUACAAGAUGAAAAGCAAUUUUUUCUAAUAUAUCCAAAAGUGUUAGAUAUUUUAUUUUUAGUAAAAUGGACAUGUGGCUUUCUUAUGGCAGGAUCAUCUUAAAAAAAUAAUAGUGAAAUUUGUGCUCCUCAUAAAAAUUGUAUGGGGUUUUGUUCCGUUAAAGCCCCCCAAAUGUUUGUGUACGUUCCAAUUAAAUUAUUAUUGUGAUACUAUUCGUUAAAAACUUUAGUUUUAAAACUUUUUUGCGUCUUAGUAUUUUUUCGAUAAGCCAGUUUUUAUCGAGAUACAGCUUUUUAUUUCAAAAUUUCUGAGUACCUAACUACAUGUUACUUAUAAAUAAAUUCUCAUAUUAUUAUUAUUAACUUCCUUAACUAUUUACAAAUAAUAUAGUCUUUUUUAUAUGGUGGAUUUUACAAAUGUUCAAAAUAUAUCAAUAAAAACUGACUUACUGUUUUAAUGUGAAAUUUAAUUGGAACAUACACAAACAUUUGGUUAAGGUUUAAUGGAACAAAACCCCAUAAAAUCUUUUUGGGGUGCUCAAAUUUCACUACCAUUCUUUAAAAGAUAUUCCUGUUAUGUUAUAAAAAGGCUACAUUUUCAUUUUUAACAUAAAAUCUCUAACAGUUUUCAAUGUAUUGAAAAACAUCGAUUUUCAUUUUGUAACUUCGAAGGGCUGUAACCUUUUCUAUGAGCACAUUUUGUACGAAUAAUGUAAGUUAGGUUCCAUCGAACUAUUUUUGGUACCGGAAUCAUCAUCAUCAUUCUCUUUGCCUUGUCCCUAUGCGGGGUCGGCUUCCCUAAUUGCUUUUCUCUACACAAUUCUAUCUUGGGUCAUAUCAAUAUUAAUCCCCUUUACCAACAUGUCCUGCCUAAUCGUCUCAUUUUGGCAUCAAUUGGUGCCACACCUAGACUUCCCCUAAUAUACUCAUUUUUAAUUUUAUCCUUUUUUGUCACUCCACUCAUCCAUCUAAGCAUUCUCAUUUCCGCCACAUGCAUUCGUUGUUCUUCUUUCUUUUUCACUGUCCAACAUUCAGUUCCGUACAUCAUAGCCGGCCUAAUGGCUGUUUUAUAGAAUUUUCCCUUUAACUUCAUUGGAAUUUUCCUUGUCACACAGCACACCACUCGCUUCCUUCCACUUCAUCCAUCCAGCCCCAAUUCUACUGCAUGCAUCUCCAUCUAUUUCUCCAUUACUCUGUAAUACCGAUCUCAGGUACUUAAAACUAUUGCUUUUUACAAUCAGUUUACCAUCCAAAGAUACCAUUUUAUUUGUAGUAACUCCAUCUUUAAAUGAGCAUUCCAAAUACUCUGUCUGUGUCCUACUAAGUUUUAAACCUUUUUCCUCGAGAACUUGUCUCCACUGUUCCAGUUUUUGUUCUAAGUCUCUUUCACUAUUUCCUAGUAACACGACAUCAUCAGCAUACAUUAAGCACCAUGGAAUGUUACCCUGUAGUUUCGCUGUUAUCUGGUCCAAAACUAAUGAGAAUAAAUACGGACUAAGCACCGAGCCUUGGUGCAAUCCUACUUUCACAUGAAAUUUAUCAGUCUCUCCCACACCUGUCCUAACACUAGUCGUUACUCCCUCAUACAUAGGUAUCCCUCACAAUAUUUACAUAUUUACCAGGGACUCCUUUCUUAUUGAGUGCCCACCACAGAAUCUCUCGAGGAACUCUAUCAUAUGCUUUCUCAAGAUCAAUGAAUACCAUAUGAGCGUUUGUUUCUUUACUCCUGUAUUUUUCCUUCAACUGCCUUAUAAUGAAAAUUGCAUCUGUUGUUGAUCUGCCUUGCAUAAAGCCAAAUUGAUUCUCGGAUAUUUCGGUCUCUUCACAUAUCCGUCUAUCAGUUACUCUUUCCCAUAUUUUCAUGGUGUGGCUAAGCAGUUUUAUAGCCCUGUAGUUUGUACAUUGUUAUAUAUCUCCCUUGUUUUUGUAGACAGGUAGUAGUAUACUGCUUCUCCAUUCGUCUGGCAUUUGUCCAACUUCCAUAAUUCUAUUAAAUAAACCUGCUAGCCACAUUGUUCCCGCCUCUCCAAAUGCUCUCCAUACUUCCCCAGGAAUAUCAUCUGGUCCUACCGCUUUUCCUUUCUUUAUUUUUUGAAGCGCUUGAGCCACUUCCUCGUUUGUUAUUUUGGUGACCAAAAUAAAAAACCAGAUACCAUUCACAUAAAUAACAUAUUUAGAUACCAUUCUGGUAUCUGAAUAUGUGAAUUAAUUCAUGGCGUACCUUCAUGUACCCUACGGUAUAUUUCAUGUAGUUAUUAUAGGCCUAGAUCCAGCGUACCAAAAAAAGUUGAUUACUAGCAAGUUGAAAAUUUGUUAAUAGCUUAACGGUGUCUAGUCGGACAUACUUUGAUGUACGGGAACACUGGAACAAAGGAAGUUUUAAUUGUGGAACAGGUUAAAAAUAUGAAACGUCAGACUACGAAAAAGUUCCAUGUAUUUUGUCGGACAGAACUUCCAAUUGAUUUGUUACCCUUAGUCCUGUCGCCAGUGGGGGUACAACGGCCUCCUUAAUUCAGAUGGACAUACCCAAGUUUAUUUUAUGUAUUUUGACCCGUAGAACACGAAUUUUUUGGGUAACAGUCGAUCCAGAUAUCGAUAAGAUUGUUAUAAACAAAGAACUUGAGGAAUCACAUAACAGCGAUUUUUCGCAAAACAAAACAUUGUUUUGUAUUUUUUGGGCCAUUCUAAGCAAAAAAUGUUUUUACAGCUUUUUUCGUAGGAUGCAUAGUUUUCGACAUAAACGCUGAUGAACUUUCAAAAAAUCGAAAAGUUGCAAUUUUUGAACCCGAAUAACUUUUGAUUGAAAAAUAAAAUAGCAAUUCUGCUUACCGCAUUUGAAAGUUCAAGUCAAAUUCUAUCGGUUUUGAUUACUUUCAUUGCUAAAAAUUAAUUUUUUUAUUGUUAAACAAAGCUAUAAUCACAUAGUGAUUGAAUGAUGUUUUCAAUGGAUUUCCCAUUUCAAAUCGAACGAGUAGGCGCGCAUACAGACAAUUUCUACGUAGAUUACGUACAUUAAAACGCAUGCAUUGGGCACGGGAAACACUAUGUGUUUAUGGCUUUGUUUAACAAAUAAAAACUUAAUUUUUAGCAAUGCAAAUAAUCAAAACCGAUAGAAUUUGACUUGAACUUUCAAAUGCACUAAGCAGAAUUGCUAUUUUAUCUUUAAUCAAAAGUUAUUCGGGUUCAAAAAUUGCACUUUUUCGACUUUUUGAAAGUUCAACCGCGUUUAUCUCUAAAACUAUGCAUCCUACCAAAAAACUUGUAAGAUCAUUUUUUGCUGAGAAUCACCCAAAAAAUACAAAAAAAUGUUAUUUUGCGAAAAAUCGCUGUUAUGUAAUUCCUCAAGUUCUUUGUUUAUAACAAAC